UGACAGAUUUGAUUGGAUCGCACUCUGAGAUUUUUGCGACUGUUCUCAAAGAGCAACAUCAGGUGGUUACUAUGGCAACACUACAAGAGCUUGCCCUCGUCACAGCCGUCAUUGGUCACUCGGACGUCGGUCAUGAUUGGUCGUCCCAAAUGGCCACACCCAUUGGCUCUGGUCUGGUUCGUCUACAGCGACUCAUGCUCACACUACUACCACAGUACUGGUCCAAACAGAAUUGGAAGUCACUCGUAAAUCAGGUGACCCAGAGCGAGGGUGGGGAUGGUGUGAGAGGUGUGGAUCUUAUGAUCAGUGAGGACGCCUCAUUGGUCGUUCAACAGAUUGCCACCAACCUCGUCUCCUACUGCCGAGUUGCCAUGACAAUUGGAGGCACGGAGUUCUCCUCUCCCUACUGUCGUAUCCUUCUCACCCCACACCUUGCUGAAGCCAUAACGAUGCCAUCCAGCAGAGCGACCUUUGCACCCAUGUCGGGAGCCCACCCCCACUCAUUAGGACUGCUCAUUCAGCACUUGAAAGAGUGUGUGGAUGGUUACGGGUCGUCAUUGGAGACCCAUCAACAGAAGAACCGGAAGCUAGAAAGUGGAACGUUGGGAAUGGAAGAUGUUAGAACGCUCUUACCUGCCAACAUGACUGUGGACAAGCUCUCUCCUGCUCAACAGCAGACAGUGGCCAGACAACGCCUCAAGCAACUCGUCACUAACAGGAAGCAAGAGCUACAGCACUACGCAUACUUGAUUGAGAACCUGCUGUACCUGUUGUGGAGACACCUGCAGUACUACCUCGUACACUGUAAGCCGGUGACCUCUGACCCCCAUAUGGUGGGUAUGGCUCGAUCCUCUAUGAGACUAUUGCAAGAGUAUGGUGCCACCCAGAGCGGUGAUUUGACCUUUGACCUGUCUUCGGUGGGGGAGGGAGUGAGUGCAGCAGACCUGGAGUCCCUCAAGAUAGACAUUGGCAAGAGCCUCACUGACGGUCUCUUCAAGAAGCUCUUGGACGUGGAAGAGGCUCAGUUCUCGGCUAGGGCGGAGUUGAGGGUUGGGUUUGUGCAGGCUCUAGUGAGGAGAGUAAGGAGACUGCUCAAACUGAAGGCUGAUGUCCGAACAGAUAUCUGAUCACAUGACUAUCACAUGACCCAUGAAACUCUUGAAAAAUACUAAUCUUAGUACUGAACGUUUCUAGACUAAUUUUAGAAAUACGUAAUUAUAAGUUUAAUUUAAAUUUGACACUAGGUGCAGUGCUAUAAUUAUUAUUAUAAUGAAAUCCAUUUCAAAG